UAUUGAUUGUAAAUAAAUAAAUUUCUUGAUUCACCAAAUAAAGUCAAGUGUGACAUGAGAUACAUUGACAUUUUGGCGGUACGAAGUUCGCCGGGUAAGCUAUAGUUAGGCCUAUAUGUAUAAAUAUCACUAUAUCUCACCAGCAACAGUAACUGAUACCCUUUAUUAUAUAACAACUUAUAAUAAUAUUUUUGUAAAUUUAUUUGUGUUUCAAUAAUUUCAGUAAAUUUAUUCACUAUAAAGUGAAGAUUAUAAGAUAUAUAUUUGUCUCAUUUCUUACAGGACGACAAAAACCAGGACCAUAAUAUAGUCAAAACAAUCUUCAAACAUCUAUCCUUUCUAAGACACCAUCCCCAAGAACCAGUGACCGCUAGAGGUACCUUGAUCUACGCAGCAAUGCUCUCCAUCGCUCUUCAACCGGCUCUAGCAGUCUGCACAAACUGGCAACAGUGGAGCUUCGACUCUAGAGUCUCAGGAGUUGAUAAUGUGCUAUUUUCACUAGGACUUCUAUGCAUGACAAUUGAUGUGUACCUAUUGUCAGAUAAACUGCGCACAUUGGUCAACUUGGCAAACUCCAAGUGCAAAUUGUACAGUAUUGGGUCAAGAAUGGUGGGAGAUUUAUGUGGUAGAGAACACACGGGAGAAGAUAUUCAUGGUGAAGAAGUAGGAUGGUUGAAAAAAGUAAUAUUUGUGAUAACAAAUUAGAGAAUGUUGAAGGGAGUGCCUUGAAAGAAUACAAUAAAGUAUAUCCAACUGGAGAAGGGAAAAUAGUCCAAGAAAAAGGGAGAAUUGUUGAAGAAAGUAUAUUGAAAGAACACAAAAAUAUUGGAUUAGUUAGUGAAGAGAAUGAGGGUGAAGAAGAAUUAAGAAUUGUUGGGGAAAAUGCUUCAAAAGAACACAAAAAUACUGGUUCAAGUAGUGGAGAAGAUAUGAUUCAAGAAAAACUGGGAAUUUUUGGAAAAACUACUUCAGAAAAUCACAAAUCAACUAUAAAAAUCAGUAGAAAUGGAAACGAUAUUGAUACCAAACUAAGAGGAUAUUAUUUAUAUGGUAGAGAACUGUUUAUGAAAGAAAAUAUUGCUAAUAGGAACGUGAAGAAUUUGUAUAAUGGGGAAAGCAUUGGAGAAGGCAAGGGUGAUGAUGAAAAUAUGGGAAUUCAUAAAGGUACAACCUUUUUUGAAGAGAAAAAUGUUGAUAUUAGUGGGAGAAAUGAGAAUAUUGAUGCAAAAUCGAGGGAUAAUUUUGAUGUGAAAGGGAAGAAUCCUGUAUUUUUCAACAGUUUAGACAGAUCAAGAACGUCUGAUUAUGAUAGCAGUUUUGAUACUAAAAUUAGAAGAGCUUUUGAUGAAAAACAAGAUAUUUUGGAGGAGACGAACUCAAGAAGAGGUUUGUCAUCUGAAAUAAUAAUGAAUGCAAAUAAUAUGAACAGUACGUUCUUGAAAAGUGACAAUUUUUGAAGAAGAAACAAAAACUUGUAAAAGAAAUCACCCUGGAAGGGAACAACCAAGCCAGAGCCACUGCAAAUAUCGUCAAAUAUUUUUUCAUCAGUUUUACUUUCAUCCCUUUAUCCGGUAUCAUCUCCUACUUCCUUCACCUCAAAUCCAUCGAGAACCUUCCUCUCCCUUUCCUUAUCUAUUCACCAUUCUCUCUCACUCUAAACAUCUCCAGUUUAUUUGAGUAUAUUCUGAUGAAUUUGGUGGAGUUGUUUUAUAUUUACUACGCAACUGUACUCUCUAUAAGCGGACAUGUAAUGCAGUUGUUGUCUAUAAAUAAUCUAUUGGUGGAGAUGAGGCUGUUUCAUUUGAAUGCUCAGGAAAUUGAAGGGGAGUUUGAGAGUGUGCUAAAUACAGUACAGAUAGAGAGUGAGGCGAGACUGCGUUUAGCAGUCAGAGAACUUGUCAUUCAUCAUCAGACUAUAUUCAGGAAAGUGAGAGAACUGAACCAAGGCUGCGAUUUUCGAAUAUUCUACGCAAACUCCUACAUUUGUUUGCAAAUAGUGUUUGCAAUUUUCAUCUUCAUGAAAGGUGGAUUCAUACUGAAAAUCAAGUAUGGUAUAAUGCUGAUCACUCUGGUACUGGUUGAAUUUAUUUUUAGUGAGAGCGGUCAAAGAUUACAGGAUGAGGGAGAGCAGCUAAGACUAGCAUUAUACGAAUGCAACUGGAUUGGGAAACCAGUUUGGUUUACAAAAGUACUUCAAAUUCUAAUGAUAAGAAAUCACAAUUUGCCAAAAUUGGGUCUCCUCAAUUUGUUCACACUCAACAGGAAUAAUGUCACCGUGGUGAUUAGAGGUGCCUACUCCUAUUUUAGUUUGCUGAACAAGAUUUCUACAUGAAAAACUACAUUUUGAACUUAUUUUUGGUGUGAAUAAAAGAUUGGAGUAAUCAGUAUAAUACCAAAUUGAACGGAAAUUCAUUUAUUUUUACAAUAUAAAUUUAGCCUAAUUUUUGAGUUAAAGUUUUGUAAUGAAGCAUUAUGAGAAUAAAGAAAACCAUAAGUCACGGUGCAAAUUUAUAAAUAAAUUUUGAUGUAAAAUAAACAUUUCACAUUCAAGAACAUGA